AUUCGCAUCGCUGUUAGUCUACGUUCGGUGGCGUCAGUAUUCCGCGAGCUUCCAUCGUGUGUACUUUGGAAGUAAGUUAGUUAGCAAGCAAGCAAGCGUACGGGAUCUAAAAGAUUUAGAGGUUGAAGAAUACAUCGCAAAGAAAAGAGCGAGAUUAUCGAGAUUGUUAAUAUUCAUAAAGAAGAGGAAUCGAAAAAAUGGCGGACGAUGGGCACGAGAAUGGCACCAGCAACGGGGACGUGCCUGAGAUCGAGCUGAUCAUCAAGGCGUCAACGAUCGAUGGCCGUAGGAAAGGUGCAUGUCUCUUCUGUCAAGAAUACUUUAUGGAUUUGUACCUUCUCGCCGAGUUGAAGACAAUCUCUUUGAAAGUGACGACUGUCGACAUGCAGAAACCACCACCGGACUUUCGUACUAAUUUCCAAGCAACUCCACCUCCGAUCUUGAUCGACAAUGGUGACGCCAUUUUGGAGAACGAGAAAAUCGAACGACACAUCAUGAAGAAUAUACCCGGUGGACAUAACCUUUUCGUUCAAGAUAAAGAAGUUGCCACCCUAGUAGAGAAUUUGUUUAGCAAAUUGAAAUUGCUACUGCUCAAUGCAAAAGACAAGGAUAAAGAUCCGAAGUCAUCCUCUUUGAUGGCACACUUACGAAAGAUCGACGAACACUUGGGUCGCAAGGGUACGCGCUUUCUCACGGGCGACACGAUGUGCUGUUUCGAUUGUGAACUCAUGCCACGACUUCAACACAUCAGGGUCGCUGGAAAGUACUUUGCCAAUUUUGAAAUCCCUGAAAGCCUGGUGCAUCUUUGGAGAUACAUGCAUCAUAUGUACAGGCUCGAUGCUUUCUUACAAAGCUGUCCGGCAGAUCAAGACAUCAUUAAUCAUUAUAAACUUCAACAGAGUAUGAAGAUGAAGAAGCAUGAAGAAUUGGAAACACCAACGUUCACCACCAGCAUCCCUAUCGAGGUCAAUGACGACUAGGCUGGACCUUCGUCGUCGAGUCUAGGAUCUCUUUUUUCUUUUCCUUGGAUUCGACACAAUAUAGUCGACAUCAACAACUUCAACAACAACAAAAUCAACAACACAAUCCUAAUACGAUCGACCUAUUGCAACAACGAAUAUCGAUGUAAACGAAGAUUCGAUGGAAUUAUAUUUCGAUCCUAAAGAGAAAUCAUUCGUUAAUCUCAUUUAGGGAGAACAUUCUAUCGAAACUUCCAAUCGUCUAAACUAAAUCAUUCGUGUUGACACAACUAAAUCGAUCGACGUAAGAAAUAUUUUGGAAAGCCUUUGCUACGUUUAUAUGGCUGAGCCAAAUUCAGAGUAAUUUAGCUUUUUUAUUAUCGCGAUACUAUAAAAAAGAAAAAUAGAAAAAAAAAACUAAGAAAGUCCAAGAUUGAUUUUUUAUUUAAAUUUACAUGCACGUAUGUACAUACAUACAAAUUAUAAAUCGAUGUAUCGUUUAUUUCCCUUCCUCUUCGCUUAUUUUUGUUUGAUUUUAAUAUUACAUACCAAUCAUGUAUGUAAAUGUUUUCAACAAAGCGCAACUUUUGUUACGUUUUGAAUAAAUCGGAUUUAUCAUUAAUCCAACAUUUGUCGCGAUUACUUCUACGUAAUAAUAAAAGGAAGAAGAGAUAUUGCGAAUGAGGAAAACGAGUUUUUUCUUUGCCGAAGCACGAUGAAAAAAGAAAAAGUAAACAAAAAUAUACGAAGAACACAGAAGAAACGUGUGCAUUACAAGAAGGAACGAUUUUCAUUGAAGUAUUUAAAUUAUGUACUUAUAAAUUGAAGGUCUUACAUCGGACUUUUAAGUAACAUUUUUAUGGAGAACACUUCUUCAUCGUGUCUACAUAUUUUUUUUUUACCAGUUCGAAUAAUAACGUCUAGUUUUAAUUCAUCCGAAGCUCGAAUUUUGUAAAACUAAUCUUCACAUAAUUUGAAAAUAUUAGACAAUUGUAUUGCGUUACUCAAAAUGCCUUAUUAGCUUUUUUUAGGAUUUUCCAAUUAUGUUAGAGUAAUUCAAGAUUCUGAUCAACAUAGAAACAUAAUAAUAAAAGGGUAUAAGAUAUUUGUCGUGUAGUACAAAGAAGAAUGUACAUACAUUCAUAUAAAUAUAAAAUAUCUUGACUAGCUCUCGACAUUGCACGGUGCAUACGUUUCUUCCGAGUUCUUCGGCACGCGAAAUACCUUGUUACGUUUGCAUUUUCUUUAUCCACUGAGACGAGCGUACGUAAGCGAGAAGAUCAUAAGGGUCCGAUAAAAGCAAAGUACAACGAUUUCUCCGUUCAGAAAAAUAAUAGCGGUAUUCAUCAUACCUAAACGCGAUUUCUGCUGAUCUUUCACGUGCUCACAAUGUUCGCGAAUUAAUCGUCAACAUGUAUUAUUAAUAAUAAUAUUAUUAUUGGAAGAUGG